GUUGACACAUGUCGCAGCUUCGUCGAUAAAACUUCUGCGUUUCAAUUCGAAAGAGGAAUUUCACUGACAGCCAGAGUUUAUACUUUACAUUGUUUAACUUUAAGCGACGGCUUCUUCGGAGUCUUCUCUUUCUUCACGAGCAGAUCCGGUUUGAAACCCUUAAAAAUAUUCAUGGUGUCCACAGCAACUUGGAGGUACCUUCGUUGGUCCAUUGCAACAAUCGUUUUUAUCUUUGUACUGCUUUCGCUUCGUGUAUUUACUCCACCAAGGUCCAGAUAUUUACAACCUCCAUUUAAAGCGAUGACAGACCAGGAGAAAACUGAGACAUGUGACUGUAGAAACAUAAUCAAGGAAAGAGAGAAUACAACAAAGGAGAGAAAUGAUGCAACCAAGGUACGUGAAGAUACUAAGGCAGAUGUAAAGACAACUGAAUCAACUUGGCUCAGGGAAUCUUUUGGAAAGGAACUUCACGAAAUCCACUCCCAACUAAAAUACCUCUUAGAUCAUAAAAGUAUACCCUCACCGGAUUUUGUUAACAAGGUUGGAGACCUUGCCAAACGCCUUGACGGCAAAUCAGAACCACCAACUCCAAAUAAUGGCAUGAAAAAUAACAGUUUGAAUGUGUGUCCAGAAGAAUACAAAGGCAGCAAAUUUGGUUACCCAUUUUAUUCUACAGGUUGGGUCCUUACUAACUGUAUCAAUGUCAAACCACUUAGCUCCGUCAUAAGUGUUUUAAUAAACACUGUCGCAUAUCCAAAAGAAGAUGAGAAACACAUUCGUAAUGUAAUAAAGGGUAUCAAUGAUACCUAUCCAAUAGUUCACGUUUACGUAGCAACGCGCAGUGACGAUAUCAUAGAAAUGGCCAAAGAGUACGAAAACAUUGACGUGGUUAAAGUCGAUGAUACAAAUGCAGCAAAAGUGUGGAACAUGCUUAAAGCUAAAGCCUCCACACCUUAUGUGCUGGUCGCACGUGAUGUGGUUCACUUCUCAUGGUUCACUCAAAUAGAAAGACAAAUUCGUGUGGUCAGUCAGAUACCAAAUGUAAAAGUUGCCGGGGGAGCAUUUCGGAAUAUUUCUGGUCACUGGAAAGCAGGAUGUGUGCAAACCAAACUACUAAACUACGUGCUAGAAUAUCAAGAAGGCUACUUUCACUCACAAAAUGCAUGCAUGUUUUGUGAUUUUCUGCAAGGACCUUUUCUGACUAAAACAGACUUGUUUAAGCUGGACGAAAGUCUUCCAAACGAAGUAGUAUUUGAAGACUGGUUCUUGCGCAUUAGAAAGGAUGGCCACCAAGUGAUGACAUGCCCUGACGCUAUGUAUUUCACUUUGGAUUACUUUUCGUAUACCAAGAGCACUAAAAAAGAUGUCUGGACACCUUUGGCAAAAAAGUGGGGGAUUAAUCGCGUACUUUUGCCCCAGGGGAUCAAAUUUUCAUUCUCUUGUGACGAUAUUGGCGUCUCGUGCAAGGCAACUCACGAAUUACUCCCAAUUUGUUGCCUGGAAGAGUACGCACAUCUCUUGACAGUCCUUCAGAAGUUCUGUGAUGAAAGAAAUAUUUCAUUUGAACUCGAUUCUGGUUCUAUUCUUGGUGGUGUUAAGUUCGAUGGUCUUUUACCGUAUGAUGCCGACGGAGAUCUCAUCAUGAUGUCAACACAAAUAGAAAUAUUUAGCAAAGAUGAGACAAAACAAUAUUUUCGGAAUAAAGGUAUCUCCGUCUACGGGUAUAAACCGCCAAUAUUUAACGAGAAAAUGGGAAAAUUAGUUAAUGGUUUCACGUACAUGGGUUUCCGUGGCUUUUACAUCGAAGUUUGGGGGAUGUGGAACACGACAAAUUGGCUCCAUCUUCCACCAGAGCUACGAAACUUUGCAUCGUUCACCAAAGCGAAUAUAAGAGGUAACUGGAUUAACACGGCAUGCAAUCCUGCUUUGUAUGUGAGGGGUCGUUAUGGAAGAGAAAUUUUGAAACAUGCUCAGUCCUGGAUAAAACAAGGACUGGGAAGUGGUUGGGGGGAAUACAAAGCUGGCACCUUCAAGCCGUGUAAUAAACCAAAGCAUCAUUCAUGCUUAGAUAAUUUGCCAGCCGAUGGUAAUAUUCCGUUCUUUGUGGAUUAAUUGAGCUUGCCUCAUGAAACUUGUUAUCACAGAUGCGAGAAUCAAAACAUCUGCCCGUGAGCUUUGGCUGUGUGUUAAGGCCAAUGAAGAAGGAAACGUAAAGAUAGCUUAUCAAACUAGGAAGGUCUCAAAAGAGUUAAAAAAGCCGACUUGUGGAUCGUUUUCACAUGACCUCACGACGAGUCAUUGGUUCAUGGCAAAGUCUGGUUACAAGGUUUGACCGUAAAAUAACGUUGUUGUCACUGGCAACCUUCCUCUUUUCGAAUGGUUACCAAAUCUCAACAGCCGAGCGUCACCAACCGUCAAACACGAAAGCCCGCCAAAAGAAGUCAAACGACACGUUGCCACUCGAAACGGGGCCAGUUGCCCGUGACAACAACACGAUUUCAACGUCAAAAUGUGAUCGCCAAACUUCCGUUGCGCCUCACGCAAUUGUAAAAUCGUAGUACCUUUCUUAGGGCAAAGGAAGAUUGUGUGUUAUCGACUUUACUAGUCAUAUGAAAACGAUUUCUUCUCGUCUCACCACAUUCUUACUAAAUGAAAGACAUACUAGGACUAAAGAACACGAUAUCAUGAUCAAUUUUUUCUUCCAAAUAAUUUUUAGAGCGGACAAAUGAUAAUCCGAUUAGUUAGAUAAAUGAAUGUUCACUUACUGUGUUGUCUCGACUGAUUAGGAGGGUUUUGGGACGUUAGAUUCCUAAUCCCAUUCCUUCUUCACUGUCACUUCUCUUUUGUAUGUGGAGCAGCUUCAGUUACGAGGAGAACGUCGGAGCCGAUCACUUGCCGUUUCAAUUAGGGAUCUUAAGAUCCGACAACGGAGGUGUUUUUCAAUCAUGAAAUAUGGACGAACGAAAGUACCCCAAUAGUUCUUUUCAAAUUUUUUAACCAUGAGCUGGGAGCAUACGCCACCAGUUUAUAAAAUACCUAACCUAAACAAAAAUAAACAUUUUUCAACUUAGAAGCACCCCUAUGGAAACUUUUGACAAAUUAGGAUAAAUGUACCUUCAGAUUUCUGUUUUUUUUUUCAUCUAUCGCUAUUUCUCAACCGAGCUCAAAAUUACCAUCUCAGACAGUAAUAUUAAACCACGUUUAGUUAAACCAAUUAAAAAUUACAACAGCUUUACUGUCUACGCAAUAAUUAUAGUCGGACCUGUAUUGAGCGGCGCCGUAUUAAUGCCUGGUUCACACGUGCGAUGCAAAUGCUCACAAGUCCAACGCAAACGCAAGGAAAGCAAGAUACAGGCGCAGUGGGAGUAUUUUCGAGGGUAUCUAAUCCCGUAUCCCGCUGCUAUUUUUCUUUCCAUCCCGCCGCAAUGAACAUUUUCAUUCCCAUCCCGCCUGGUUAAACUCAAGUUGCUCUAGUUCAACGCCUUACUUAAUGUUUCGUUUAAUAAAUAGGCGUUGCCUCGUGUUGACAGAUUUAUUCGAUGACAAGAAUCGUGAUUGACAUUAAUUCAAUAGAUUGAUUUAAAAGCGUUAGAUUAUUAUGUUUUAAGUCAGUUUUUCAGGAGAAUCGAAGUGAGAAAGAAGUUAUUUUGUUAUCGUUUUUCUGUCUCUAAAUCCGCUUACCUGGAGAAUCUGCUAACCCGUAAAGUGAGAUUGUUGUAACGACCCGCCACAGAAGUUAGUUUAUAUUGAAGUUUUUUAAUUUAGUUACAAGAUAAAGACUUGAUUUCCGUUUGUUCUAAUUGCGAAUUAUAAAUGUAUUUCUUUUAGAUCGAAUAAUUAUUAAAGC